UGUGCCAGACGUGCCAGUGCACUAGCGCCGCCGUUACCGCUAGCCAAUUCCCGUAGUAUUUUGGUAUUCGUACCGUCGGCCGGUGUGACCGAUGUGUACUGUGUAGUUUAGGUAAACGUUAUUUUUUUUAAGUUUUUUGUUUUUAUUUUUUCUCUUCUCUUUAAGCAACCGAAGAUGAAUCAGCUCAACGAGUCAGAGCUGUUCGGGCCAUCCCGACGACCUACACAACAAUCAUAACAAGAAUGCAACUGCCUACUUACCAACCGAUGGAAAAAAUAAAAUAUACUGACACCAUAACAUCUAUCAGCAGCUACAUAGCAAAACAAUAAUUAUAAUUCCACUGGGAUUGGUUAUAACAUUAUAAUGGACAGUUCAGAAUACGAAUCGGUAAGAAACCAAACGCUGUUGUUCUUUUUUGAAAAAUUGGUAGACAAGGGCACUCCACGAUCCUUGCACGAUCUAAGUUGCCAAUUUGGUUCGAAAGGAUUCACUAAAGAAAUGCGACAGAUCGCUGGUGGAUCACAAUCAGGCUUGAAGAAAUUCCUGUCACAACAUCCGUCUUUAUUCACAUUGGAUGGGGACUUAGUCGCCGCGUCUCAGAUAGUUGCACCAGUGCAAUCCGAUACCAAUUAUAACCACAAAGCUGUCCAUUAUUUUAAGGAUAAAUUGUUGAAAUAUGGAGUUGGAACUGAAGUACCAAUUCGAUGCCUACUUGGGCACCGUUCUCAAGCGCCACCAGAAAUCCGAUUAAUAUCUGGUCUACAUAUCAAAGAAUUUAGAGAUUUUCUGCUGAAAUAUCCUGAUGUAUUUACUGUAAGUGAAGACACCAUUAUACUUACAGAAUAUGCAGGACUGGAACGUAAAAUGUAUGAUGAUAGCGAUCAACGUGAAGUCAAAAUUGAUCCAGAAAUUACAAAGCGUCUUUUAGCGUUUUGUGUACAAUGUUUGGAAUGCAAAGGGCCAAUGUUAACUGAUCAAAUGUUUCAUAGUAUUUCUUUGCGUUUUACAGAAAAUACUUGGUCUCCAAUUUUUAAAACUCCUUCAGAUUUGUUCACAUUUUUAAAAAUGCAUCCUGACCAAUUUAACACACAAUCCAAUUUAAUAACAUUAGCAAAAAAUGAUCCUAAACCAGAAGUUAAAAUUGCUCGAGUUCCUAUAGAAGUCGUACCAUUAACUCCUCCUAUGUCGCCGCCUCUACCUAAACCAAUACCAAAUAAUAAUAAUCAAUCCCUUAAACAAAGAAUUAAUAAUUUGGUUAUGAAGACAAUCGCAGAAAACACUGAGCGAAAUAGCAAAACGCCAAAUGGUUAUGAUGAUAGUGAUGCAUGGAAAGGAAAAAUGUUGAACAAUAUCAAAGCAAUAAUAACAAAUACUAAAGAAUGUUCAAAUAUUGUCGAUAGAAUUUUGGCACGAAAGUCAGCUAUUGGUAUAGAUUUUGAAGGUGUGUGUAUUGGAGCUAGUGGUCAAUUAAGCUUAAUGCAAGUGGUAACCGAAGAUGGAUUAUGUUUUAUAUUUGAUUUAAUUGCUUGUCCACAAUUAAUUAAAAGUGGUGGAUUACAAAGUCUACUAGAAAGUGAAGAAAUACUUAAGGUAAUCAAUGAUUGUCGAAAUGAAAGCUUAAACCUGUACAACCAGUUUGGCAUUGCAAUGAAAAACGUAUUCGAUAUUCAGGCGGCUAUUGCUAUUAUUCAAUUUCAAGAAACUGGACAACCAGUGUAUAAGGCAAAAAAUUUUAGUCUAAAUGCCAUAUGCGAAAAGUAUGGUUUGCCAAUAAACUCAUCUAAGGAUCAGUUAAGAACUCUAAAUAAAAAAGAUCAAAGGUAUUGGCUACGAAGGCCUUUAUCUAAGGAUAUGCUUGCCUAUGCUGCUAGUGAUGUACUAACUCUCAUGCCUAAGUUAUAUAAAACUAUAUCUGCUCAAAUUCAUCCGUCUAAUACUAAAUUACUUGAAGAGUUAUGUGAAGAACAAGCAUUUUUGUACAUUGUCCCAGAUAAUGUUCAAAAACGUAAGCACCAGCGUAAAAUUGAUAAUGAAUUGCAAGUUCUUAAAGAAAAAUUGUCUUCUGAUAAUGGGAAGAAUGUUGUUCUUAGUAAUAGAGAAUUGAGAUUAUUAAGACAUUUGGAAUUAACUGAUGAAGAUAAGGAAAAGUUAAAAGGAUCUAUGAAGGUUGCAAAAAAGUUGGAAAAAAUGGAAGGAAAAAAUAUAAAAUACAACGGAGAGGAUUGCGAUUCCAACGAGUUUCUCAGUUUAGACAGUAAUAUUAGUGGCAAAUCAACAUCGUCAGAUAAUUCUGCAUCUGGAGAAUUUCAAUCUAUUGUAUCCGAACAACCGCCAAGUCUUACUGAAUCUAUGCAAAUGAUGGAUGAUGUAUUAUCAGAUAAACUUAUGGAUCGUUUGGAAAAAAUUGAGCGUUUAGAAUCGUUGUUGACUAUGGCCAUGGAUGCAGAACCAGAUCAAACAGAUAGUUUAGAUACUUCACCUAUGAGUUGCAAAUGCACAUGCCAUUUAUUUACUACCGACACCAUUGAUAUGUCCACACAAACUGAACCACUAUAAUUUAUUAUUGUUGGAAAUGAGAGUGUAAUAAUUUGGGUUUAUUAUUGAGAUUUUUUAAAUCUUAUACCCAGCCAUGGCUUUUGAGCCUAAAUAUUUAGUUUACGAUCAGGUUUCAUAUUGCUUUUGAUUAAAGUAAAAAGUAGUAUUGGAAAAUUUGGAUCCGUGUAUAUAAUAUCUAUAAAGAAACUAAUUAACAGGGUUGAGUCUGUACAAUAUCCGUCCAUAAUAUUAUUAUACCUGUUAUAUUUUGAUUAACAAUAUAGCAUUGGUUAUAAAUAAUAUUCAAAAUUUGACAGCAAUAAAAAAAAAAACCGCAAGACGGUUAGACAAAUUAGACUGAAAAAUAUUAUAUUUUUAUUAAAUUUGCGCUAGCAUCACGACGUGCCUAUGUAGAUUUUAGAUAAAUUAAUUAUAGUUAAAUUUGUUUGCUCAAACAGUAUUAACCUAAACGAUAGUAUUGCAUUGUGAAGUUCGUGUAUAAAUAAUAACGUAAUUUAAACUAAUGAACUACCAUCAUGGAGUAGAAGGUAUGUGUAUUCCUGUUAAGGAUUUACACUUAUUUAACUUGAGUAAUCCAUGCAUGUAAGUCUUACUUAUUUUUCUGAAAAGGGGGAAUUCAUUAAUCAUAACCGAUGUUAAAUUACAAAUUAAAAAUUAUAUUAUAUAAGUAAAAGAUGAUUUUGUAUAACAUUGUGGAUACGAGGGUUCUAACAUCGGAUUCCCUCUGUAAAUGUGCCUGGUGUGUGAUAUGGUAGAUGGACAUUUUCUUUUGACAAUUUUUAAGUAUGAAAAACAUUUUAUUUUAUUGUAUAUUUUAAACAUAGUUAUUCAUAACUUUAUAAAUUUGUUGACUAACUAUUGUCUAUCUUAUAAAUCUUUAUGAUAAUUACUGAUUGUAUGAUCAAGGUUGACUGUGAGAUAUAUAUAAACACUUGAUGAGUGAUACAAAACAAUGUAUGAUUCUACACUGAGACCAGUCUAGUAGUCUGUAGGGUAUAGGUAUACAAGUGAUAGAUAUUUGGAUAUAAGUACAUACAAUUUGUUCUGUACUUUAAUUCCAUAUCUAUUUGUUUAAUUAUGCAUUUAUUUCUAUAUUUUUUUUUCUUAAAUUAAUAACGAUAUACAUUUAUUUUCACUUGGCAGUUAUAUAUUCUAUUAUUAUCAUAGGCGUGCUCAAGGGGUAUGCAGCUGCAUACUCUGAAGUUCUUUAAAGGGCAAAAGUCAACUCUAGAAAAUAAACCUUUUUUGCACAAGAAAAAUAAUUAUAGGGGCGACAGUGGCCUUUUGCAUACCCUGAAAAAGAGGCCUGCGCACACUUAUGAUCAUUAUUCUAUAAUUAUUAUGUAUAUGAACAAUUUUAAAAUUAAAAUUAAGUGAGAAGAUGUCCUACAUUCACCUUGUUUAAUCCUAUUUGUCUUCCUUGAGUGGUGUCAUUAUAAAUUGUUAACAAUAUUCUUAAUAUUAUAAUAUUUAUGUGUCAGUGUUGAUAAUGUUACUAAGUAUUACUAUUUUAUUAUCGUUAGAAAAAUAUUAAAAUGUAACAUAAAGAAAAUUGGUUGUAUUUAAAUGUAUACUCUU